AUUUCUAUAGAAUGACAGUAUUCAAGUUUACACGUGGUGAUUACUAAUUAUUUAAUUUCGAAGACAAAAGUGCAAGAAAAGGGGCCAGUAGAAUCCCUGUGUACCACACGUCCUCCAGAUGUCAACAAGUGAGAACGUCAAACCGUCAUCAACAGGCGAUAAAGGGGAAGUUUCCAAAACUCUCAAUGGGGCGAGCACUGAUAACACAGAAGCAGUUGUGUCCGGUGCUGCAACCAAUCUUCAAGACUAUCAGACUGUCUUUCUCCCCUCAAUGCCUCUUUACUCACCGUUUACUGGUUUAGACGGAACUUGGGCCGGAGGCGCCCCUACUCAAUAUGACCCUAACCUCUUGGCAACGUUGAGCUACCUUCAGCAGCCCUUCUAUUUCCCGGGAGCAGGGGAUAUUUGGGGGCAAGAUGCAGCCGCAACGAAUCCCCUCAUGAUGAACUAUCCGUUAAUGAGCCCUGUCAGUAUGGAACAACAACAACAGCAACAACAACAACAAGUCACAAUCACUGAGGUUCCCACGGAAAUGAACGCUCCAGCUGUCCCAGUAGCACCUGUGCUAGACCCUACUGGACUCACUCAAGGCUUCUCUGGUCUCAUGUUAAAUGGAGCUAUGCCUGGAAUGAUGGCUGUCGGCCCUGCAAACUUGAUAACUAGCGUUCCCCGUGGUGCUCCUAUUGAGAACAUUGUCGCUGCUCCCGUUGGAAGUGGUGUCCCCGUACAAAACAGUGCUCCACAACCUGAGAAACCUAAAAGCUGGGCUGCCAUCGCAAGUCAGCCAGCCAAACCAAGACCCCCUCCACCCAAACCAGCCCCACAACCUGAGCCUCAAGUAGUGGAAACGACUUCAUCUAACCAACGAAAAUCUCAAGGACGAAGUGGAUUUAACUCCCAGGCUAAAUCAUCCGUGGCUUCGUCGUCUGUGCCGUCAAAUAGUGGAAAAGGAAACCCUCGAAAGAGCCAACAAAGUCAGUCAUCGACAACAGGAACAAUUUCGGCUAGAACUGGUUCUAAAGGUCAACAGCAAUCUGAACUUGUCGGGAAACUGUUAUCUGAGAAUAAGUACAACCCGUCUGAUCUCACAUUGAACGUGAACAGUGCUCGAUUCUUUGUCAUCAAGAGCUACGCAGAGGACGACAUCCAUCGGUCGAUUAAGUACAGUAUCUGGACGAGCACAGAACAUGGAAACCGACGAUUAGAUCAAGCCUUCCGAGACCAAAAGGGUAAAGGGAAUUUGUACUUGUUGUUCAGUGUGAAUGGAAGUGGGCACUUUUGUGGUGUGGCGCAGAUGAUGUCGGAGGUUGAUACAAAUACUUCAACUGGUGUGUGGGCGCAGGACAAGUGGAAAGGUCGAUUUGAUGUCAAAUGGAUAUAUGUGAAGGACGUUCCAAAUGGCCAGCUGCGACACAUUAGGCUUGAGAACAAUGAGAACAAACCUGUCACUAAUUCCAGAGACACACAAGAAGUGCCUUUACCCAAGGCUAAGCAAGUGAUGAAGAUUAUUCACUCUUACCAACAUACGACGUCUAUAUUUGAUGACUUUGAUCACUAUGAGAAAAAGCAAGAAGAGGAGUCUGGAAAACCGGAUUUGUCCUGACCAAGUGUGGACUUCGAAUAUUAAAUGCAUUGAAACGGACAACUACACUUUUCGUACGUAUGUUCUUAUAUUUAAGAUACCUAUAGUUUUUGAAUCUAAUAGCUAUUUAGAUUUUCAGGCCCUUAUUAAUAUUGAGUAUUCUGUAUCAAGAUCAUAUAAUCUUUUUUUUUUUUAGAGUGUGUGUAGUACUUUUGUGUCCCUUUCCUUCUGCACAUUCAAUUUAUAACAAAUUUACAUCUUGUAUGAUGUACAAAA